AAGUGACCCUAUCGGAGAUUUUACGAUCAAUGAGAAACGAAUGUAUAAGUUUUUCCUCGUUAAACUGUGAAAGUAGCUCGAUAGUUUGAGCAAGAACAAAAUGUUGCUCGGCAGUUCUUUAUUUCUCAGCGUCGAUCAUCGCCUUUUCUUAGUUGAAACGAACGUCGAAUAUUUCCACAUUAAUUCGUUGAUGCUCCUUUAACCUAAAUGCGUUACCUUUUCCCUUUCGCCUUCCGACUCUUUGUUCCUCGGAUCUCCUUCCAGUCCUUGUUUCAUCUUGAAACAAGGAACAAACAUUUCCAGUCGAAACUCUUUUUUAUUAUGAGAUUAUGCAGCACGCAUUUGCGACGAACAUAACAGAAUUGUCGCAGAUUUACCGAUUUCCCCGAAAGAUCUAACAUUCGCAUUUUCUUAAGACAGGACCAUCGCAGAGGGAUCUUCCAUUGCACGUAGUUUAGAGAGCGAAACGAUACAAGAUGACAGCUUUAAUGCUGAUGUCAUUGUUUCUACUAUCGUCGGCAAGCUGGUCCGGGGUAGAAGCAAAAUACAGACUCGAGAAUCAGGCGGUACCCAUUAAAUACAUACUCGAGGUGGAACCGGAUUUGGAGACGUUCAAGUUCAAGGGAAGCGUGAUGAUUGUUUUCGAGAUCAAGAACCUGACUUCCUUGAUAGUAUUGAAUCAGAGGAACUUGACGAUAAAGGCUGUCGAGAUGGAGAAUAAUUUGGCUAGGGUUGUUCAAGCCGACGAUGAUCAGGAAAUAUUGACGAUUUAUUUUAAAGAAGAUCUCAAACCGUACGUAGCUUACACUAUCAAGAUAAGCUACGAAGGUGUGAUGAACGAUCAGAAAUUGGGAUUGUACAAGACCUCGUAUUACGUUGGAGACGACAUUAGAUGGAUCGCCGCGACACACUUUCAGCCAACCGGUGCGCGACUUGUGUUUCCAUGCUGGGACGAGCCCGAGUACAGAGCGAUUUUUGAAAUUACGAUCAGACAUUUAGCGAAAUACACGGCCGUGAUCUCCAAUAUGCCUAAACUCAACACGAUAGACGAUGGUAGGAUGAAAGUCACCGUUUUCCCACCCACCAAACCCAUGUCGACUUAUUUGGUGGCGUUCGUGGUCUCGGAUUACGCUUACAGAGCUCAUCCUACGAACGACACUUUCAAAAUUUACACGAAACCAGAGUCCAUUGAACGCACGUCGUACGCACUGGAUUUCAGCGUGAAAGCGAUGGAACAAUUAGAUAUCCUCACCGGAAUUAAAUACUCCGAAUCCAUGCCGAAAAUGGACCUAGUUGCCAUUAAAGACAUCGGCCCACUCGCGAUGGAAAACUGGGGCCUCGUUACCUUCAGGGGAAAUUCUCUUCUGUACGAGGAGGGCAUUUACUCGAAUCGUCAAAAGGAAAAGAUAUCGAUAAUCAUAGCUCACGAAUUCGCGCACCAAUGGUUUGGGAAUCUGGUCAGCACAAAAUGGUGGGAGUUCAUUUGGCUGAACGAAGGAUUCGCAACUUACUACAAUUACUACAUCGUGGACAAAAUAGAGCCAUCGUGGCGUUUAAUGGAAAUGAUUGUCGUGAAUAUGCAGCAAGUCGCCUUUUAUCUAGACGGAAUCGAGGAUUCGCGAGCCUUGAACCACGGUGUGGACAAUCCAAGCGAAAUUUCCGAUGUGUUCGGUGGAAUCGUUUAUAAGAAAGGUGGAUCCAUUAUUCGAAUGAUGUCUCACAUUUUGACAGAGGAGGUCUUCGUGAAAGGCAUGAGAACGUACUUGAAAGACAAUGAAUUGUGGUUCGCCGAUUCCAAUGAUCUGAUCCUACAACUUCAAGCUGCUGCUGGAGACUACAUGCUCUGGGAUGGUGUGAAGUUGAGCGAAAUUAUGAAGACAUGGAUCACAAAACCGGGAUACCCAGUGGUGACCGUGAAACAGAAGGAUGGCAAUUACGUGUUGACUCAAGAACGAUUCAUGUAUUACGAAUGUGACGAUAAGACGACGUGGUGGGUACCCAUAACAUACGUCACGAAAGAGAAUCUUGAUUUCUCGAAGACCGUGCCGACUAGUUGGAUAUCGCCGACCGAUGACUUUCACGAGCUUCCGAACGUGAACUCCGAUUGGAUAAUUGUGAACAACCUACAGACAGGCUACUACCGCGUCAAUUAUGAAAAGCACAUUUGGGAGAAAAUCACGCAGUACCUGAUUACCGACUCCAAGAAAAUACAUCCUAUAACCCGUGCACAACUGAUAGACGACGCUUUGAACUUGGCCCGCAGAAACCUCAUAAGUUAUACCACCGCAUUGAACCUGACGCUGUACCUGAAGAACGAAACAGACUACAUUCCGUGGAUGUCUGCGUUUAGGAACUUGGAUUGGUUGAGAAUGAUGCUCAGCACCUCCAAACAGUAUCACAUUUUCGAGGAUUACGUCAGGUACAUAAUGCGAGGCUUAACAAAAUACGUAAAGUAUACAAUUUCGCCACAGGACUCCCACACCACGAAAAUCCUGAAAACGAACGGGUUUCGAUGGGCAUGCACGAUUCAUAUUAAAGAAUGCAUAGAUCCCGCCAAGAAGGAGUUCGACACGUGGGUCAUCGACGACAAGCACGAACUCGACGCAAAUCUAAAGUACAGAAUCCUUUGUACUGGACUGAAAACCGCUAACGAGACGUUGUUCAAGGCUAUUCUAAAAAGGCUGACUACCUCCACGUUCGACGUAGAUGACAAGGACCUUCUGCUCAGAGUCGCCGGUUGCUCGCAGAACCGUACGAUUCUCGAGAAAGUGAUCACAGAGUCUUUGAAAACGUACCCUGCGUAUAUCGAUGUUGCCGUAGAUUCUAUCGUGACUAACAAUCAAGUGUUCAAACCAGAAAACCUUUCUAGCGUUGGAUUUGUUUUGAACAAACUCGAGGAAGAGUACAAAACUAUCGCGAAGUUGGAGGGAGCCGAUCAGAAACUCGAGACUUGCAUGUAUAGUAUUGCCAAUGCAAUUCUAGACGAAGACGACAUCAUAAAGAUGCACAGAUUCAUUAUCCACGCUAAACCUAAACCGAAUGUCCUGGUCGAUAUAGUGGAGACGACAGCCAGAAACGUAGAUUGGGUCCUUAACUACAGAAGCGUAAUCGAGCAAUGGCUCGUCGAGCACGAAGAACAUUUCAAAUCGACCAGUACCAGAGCCAUGAUCACGUCAUUUCUUGUGAUCCUUCCGAUAUUCAUACCGCUAUUCUACUAAGAUCUGGGCAUAUUUGAAAUAAUAUUAUUCAGAAUAUUAUUUCGAAUAACAUAUUGUUUUAAUUC